AUGUCGUGGAGAAAUGAUAUUCGUAUAGUUGUUGGUCUAGAUUUUGGGACCACUUAUUCGAGAUUUGCUUACUGUCAUACUGCUUCUGCUUGUCAAGAAAUUUGUACUAAUACUGAUUGGGAAGAACUUACUGGUCAUUAUAAAAUGAAUACGGUUCUUCAAUAUGAUGAAAAACUUGAUAAAGCAGUAUCAUGGGGAAAACCAGCUUUCGCUAAAAGGGCCGAAAGAAAAUCUAAAGCUCAAGAUGAACCAAAAUCUGUCGGUUUAUUUAAAUUACAUUUAGGAAAAUUACAAGAUGAUUUAAAACCUAAAAUUCCAGUUGAUUAUAAAAUUGCUAUUACCGAUUAUUUCAGAGAAAUGGGAAAGUUAAUAAAAUCUAAAAUAAAUAAUCAUUGGCCAGAUAUGAAUUUUCAUGAAAAUGUUCUUUUAGUAAUUAGUGUUCCUGCUGAAUAUUCAAAGAAAGAAAUGGCAAUAAUAAGAGAAUGUGCAUUUAAGGCUGAUUUGAUUAUUAAAGAAAAUACCGAAUAUUUACAAUUCACUACUGAACCCGAGGCUGCUGCAAUUUAUUGUAUGAAAAAAUGUCUAAAAGAAUAUUCUUUGGCCUCAAUAGGAACAACUUUUAUGAUCGUUGAUUGUGGCGGUGGCACAGUAGAUUUGACUACACGUAAAAUCGAAGGUGAAAAUCAAUUAGGUGAAAUUACUGAACGAGCUGGUGAUUAUUGUGGAAGUUCAUUUAUCGAUGAAGCAUUCCUUAAAUAUUUAAGUAGUAUAGUUGGUGAUUCAACUAUUGACAUAUUAAAAGAUAAGAAGAGCAAGUCAUUACAAUAUAUGGUUCAACAUUUUUGUCGAAAAGCUAAAUUUCCAUUUACUGGUGAAGAUCCUGAUUUUUGUUACGAAUUAGAUAUUUUGGAUAUUAUUAAAGUUUUAAGAAAAUGUGUUAAAGAUGAAAUUAAAGAAAAAUUGGAUAAAAUUAAUUGGUUGAUUGAAAUUGAUUAUGAAAAAAUAAAAUCAAUGUUUGAUCCAAUUGUUGAAAGAAUUCUUAACAUGAUAGAAACUCAACUUAAUAAUUCUAGAGAUGAAUGUUCUAUUAUGUUUUUAGUUGGAGGUUUUGGUCAAUCAAAAUAUUUAAAAAAUAGAAUUGAAGAAAAAUUUAAGGAUCGUGUGAAAACUAUUGUUGUACCUAAAGAUCCUAUCGCUGCAGUCGUUCGUGGUGCAACUUUAUAUGGUUUAAGUUUAUAUGAUCAACUUGAAGAAAAAAUACCUUUCAUAUUAAAGAAUCGAAUAUUAAAUUAUACUUAUGGAAUUAAAGUUUUAAUGGAACCUACAAAAAGUGAUCCACCAGAAUUGAAAACAAUUGAUGGUUACGUUGAAAGAUUUCAUUGUAUAGCAAAACGAGGAACUGUUAUUGAUAUUGAUAAAGAAAUUCUUGUAUCUGAUUUAUGUCCUAUUAAUGAAUUUCAAUCUAGUGCUACAUUUUAUAUUUAUUUUACAAAAGAAUAUCAUCCAAAAUAUUGUGCUGGAAUGGAAUUGUUAGGAACUCUUAAGAUUGAUCUUUCUGAUCGUGGUCCUAAUAGAAGUGUUAGUUUUGCAUUAUCAUUUGGUCAAAUGGAACUUACAGCUACUGCAAGAAAUGAAACAAAUGGUCAAAAUUAUCAUGCUAUUUUUAAAAUUGACGAAGAUUUAGGAGUUAGCAAAAAGAAAUGUAAUUAUAUUAAUAAUUGA